AUGAGAACAGCCGAAUUCGAAUUCGAUCUUAGCUCUAAGGUCAUGCCACAUGACCCCAUUGAGCUCCGCGGCAAAGCCCGGGACAGCGGAAGGAUGAUCGUCCUCAACCGCUCCACCUCAAACAUCGAACACGCAGUCUUCUCUAGCAUCGCCGACUACUUCCGCCCAGGGGAUCUCCUUGUGCUAAAUGAUAGCUAUAUGCUCUCAAACACGCUGUGGUUCCAGCACGGCGGUGAAUCAUUGCAGAUAACCGUUUACGGCCACGAGCCCGACGGCACAACCAUCGUGGAGCUCAAGCUUUCCGAAGAUCAGUGCGAGGCAGGUCAAGUUCUGACCUCGUUGGACGAUGCCAGAAUUACCUGCACUCUCCUCGAACACCAGCCAGACAAGCUCUGGAAGGCACAGUUUAAUCCCUCCGAGCUACUUCUUCCAACUCUAGACCAGUACGGAGCGCGUCUGGAUGAAACAAUCCACCUCAACCCCGUACACUGGAAAAGUACCCCCGAGGCGUACCGCUCAUUGUACGCUAAAAAGCCUGGAUCUUUGGAGAUCCCUUCCGCUGGACUCCAUUUCUCGCAUGAACUCCUGGCUCAGAUCUCUGCCAUGGGUGUUGAGAUUGCCUACAUCACUUUGCACGUUGGCGCAACUGAGAUCUUCGCCGUUCGGCAUAUUAGCGAAGAGGAGAUUGAAAAACAUAAGGUGCGAUCUGAGUACUAUGAGGUUAGUCAGAGGACCGCUGGGCAGCUGAAUAAGGCGCGAGCCGAGGGCCGCCGUGUCGUUGCCGUUGGGACGACUGUUAUGCGUACCCUUGAGACGAUUACACGUGAGAUGGGACGCCAAACUAUCAUCAAGCCCCAGUAUGGAUGGACUGAUCUCUAUAUCUAUCCAGGGUUCAAGUUUAACGCUGUCGAUGUGUUGCUGACAAAUUUGCAUCGGCCGCGGUCUAGUCAUAUUGUGCUUACUGCUGCGUUUGCGGGAACGGAUUUUGUUAUGAGGAGCUAUGAUGAAAUUUCUGAGAAGGGAGGUUAUGAGUUUGAUAUGUUCGGAGAUUGUAUGCUUAUUGUGUAG